GGCACGACCAGUCGACCACCAUCCAUGCCCAGGAUAACACAACAAAACCAAACCGGAUGCGAAACAACACAUCCUUUUACCUCCCACUCAUCGCCCCAUCAUCGUCUCUUUUUUUUCUCUCUCUCUGGGCAAAGCUCUCAGAGAACAGAGGAGGUUGACGCAGGAGCAGCCGAGCAGAGACAGAACCAGCCCUGAAGUCUGAAGAGAUCUGGCGAGCCCCCGAUGCAUGGCAAGGAGGAAGUCGCCACUGGCGUAGGAAUCAAAUCGACUUCAGGAAAGCGCUGAACUGAACUGGACGGGGCGUGACGGCGACGGCGACGGCGCGAGGCGAGGGGUCAGCCAAGCCAAGAACCGCCAUGGACAGGGACAGCAGCCCGGCGGUCUCGGUGUCCGACGAGAGAUCGGAGGCGGGGCCCGCGGGGGAGCGCGACGGGUGCUGCUCGUCGCCGUCGACGCGGAGCCUGGUGGACACAGCGGGCAACCUCAGCCGCACCGCCUCCGACGCGUCCACGUCCUUCUCGGAGCAGUGCAGCAGCGUCGACCACAGCGGGCCGUUCGAGCCGGCCGCGGCCGUGGCCAAGCUGAGCGACCGGUCCCCGGCCUCCUCCGCCGCCGCGUCGCUCAGCCGGCUCAGCAUGAAGCCCCGCGCCGACGUGCUCGACCGCCGCUCCACCGACGACGAGAUGGAGCUGGUGAAGGAGAGGUUCUCGAAGCUUCUGCUCGGCGAGGACAUGUCCGGCGGCGGCAAGGGCGUCUGCACCGCCGUGGCCAUCUCAAACGCCAUCACCAACCUCUACGCGACGGUGUUCGGGAGCUGCCACAAGCUGGAGCCGCUGCCGGCGGGGAAGAAGGCGAUGUGGAGGAGGGAGAUGGACUGCCUCCUCUCCGUCUGCGACUACAUCGUCGAGUUCUACCCCACCACGCAGACGCUGCCCGAUGGGACCAAAGUUGAGGUCAUGGCGACCAGACCAAGAUCGGACAUUUACAUCAACCUGCCCGCGCUCGAGAAGCUCGACGCCAUGCUCAUUGACAUUCUGGACAGCUUCCAGAAGGCGGAGUUCUGGUACGCUGACGCCGGGACGAGGUCGUUCGGCUCGGUCACCUCCUCGUCGUCGGCGAUGUCAUCGUCGUUCAGGAAGUCGGUUCACCGGAACGAGGACAAGUGGUGGCUGCCGGUGCCCUGCGUCCCGGACGCCGGCCUCACCGAGAAGGCCUGCAAGGACCUGCGGAAGAAGCGCGACUGCGCCAACCAGAUCCACAAGGCCGCCGUCGCCAUCAACAGCGGCGUCCUCAGCGAUAUGGAGGUGCCCGAGUCCUUCAUGGCCGUGCUCCCAAAGAGUGGGAGGGCAAGCGUGGGGGACUCGGUGUACCGCGUCAUGCUGGGCGCGGACAAGUUCUCGCCGGACUUCCUGCUCGACACGCUCGACAUCUCGUCGGAGCACGACGCGCUGGCGAUGGCCGACCGGGUGGAGGCUGCCAUGUACGUGUGGCGGCGCAAGGCUAGCGGGAGCCAUGGCAAGCUGCCAUGGAGCAAGGUCAAGGAGCUCGCGGCCGACGACGACGACAAGAACGUGACGCUGGCGAGCAGGGCCGAGAGCCUCCUACUCUGCCUGAAGCACCGAUUCCCCGGCUUGUCGCAGACCACCCUGGACACGAGCAAGAUCCAGUUCAACAAGGAUGUUGGUCAAGCAAUCCUGGAGAGCUACUCGAGGGUGUUGGAGAGCUUGGCUUUCAACAUUGUUUCAUGGAUCGAUGAUGUUCUUUUCGCCGACAAGUCGAUUAGGAAACUGAGUGAUAACCUCAAGUCCUGAGUUCUUCAAUCUAGACAAGCAUCCCAGCAAAGGUUUUAGAUGACUGUUGGUGAAGUUGCAAAACAACUUAACAGUAGAUGUAGUAGGAUGGUUUUGCUGACCUAGGGGAAAUGUAAGCCCUACUAGCUUACAAGAAUGCAGAUUGCAGAGUACUAUGUCUGACCAACACUGGAUGUCUGUAUGGAGUGUGUUUUGCUUUUCCUGUUUCUUUUUUUAGCUCUUCCGCCCUUAUAAGAAGAGUUUGGUAGCAUGCAUGCUAUUAAAAAGGAUCACAGUCGCCAUCAGUGAGAA